UGUCGGCGCAGGAUUCUGGUUAUCAACAGUGAUUUUUGCAAAAGUAAAUUUUUUUUAAUAUAAUAAAAGAAAAACAUUUGGAAAAAUCAGCAAAGCUUUAGUAACAAUAAUUGAAAUUUGCAGAAACAUUUAAUUAAAAAAAAAGAAAAGUCAAUAUUUUAUAAGAAAACUAAUUGGAAUGAAAUAGAUUACAUAUAAAUAUUGGCACGUAAAAGAAAAUAAAGAAAAACUGAUUUGCAGAAAAAACUUUUAAGCAAAUCGAAAUGGAGGAAGCAGCCGAUAUUCAUGAAGAAUCGGCACCCAAAAGAAGUCGUUCUGAUGAAGAAAUCAAAGAUGAAAAGGAUGUUUUCUCCAGCAGUGAUAGUGGACAACAAAGUCCACAUGAUAUACAACAACAAGAACAGCGACAACAGAAUAUGAGUGCAUGCUGUAGUAGCAGCAACAACAAGAGCAGCAGCAAUAACCACAUCAAUAACAAUAGUGAUAGUGGUUUGAGUUUAAAAAUGGAGGAUUCUUCAUGUGGAGAUGCUGAUUUAACUGGAGAUGGUAUUCUCAGAUUUGAUAAUGACGAAGAAAACACAAUGGCCACUAUAGUUGAUUCCAAACCAGACGAAGAUCAACAAAUGUUAAGUGGCGAAAAUAGCAAAGCAGAUGACGCGGCACAAGCUGUGGAAAAGGAUAAACAAAUGUCUGCUAAUAACUGUUCGGGAGUUGAUCUUGACAAACCUACUACUUCCACAAACCUGAUAAAACGUCAUAAACGUAAUCGAUCUCGUAAUUAUCGUGUGGCUGAUCGAUCUUCAUCUUCCUCUUCCAGUUCGUCACCAAAACAUCAAGCAGAGACUCAGCCUGAAGAACCCCAACAAGAACAGGGCGAAAGCCAGGAAUCUGUCGAUGCUGGCGAAGAACCUGUUUCACCUGCCAAUAAUAAUGCAACUGAGGAACCUUCACCGCCUUCGCCUUAUAUGUCUAUACCUAACUUCCCCGAUUCUUCAAGUAGUAGCUCUUCAAGUGACAGUACAUCUGAUAGCGAUGACGAUGAUACCGAUUUUGAACCGUCAUUAUUUGCAGAUCGUUUAAGUCCUGAUUUUGCCUCAAAUGAUUCAGCCGACUCGAAUCGUCUUAAGGAAAAAGACGAAGAAGUUAACAAAGUGUUGAAUAAGCAAAAACCUCCUUAUACUUGGUGCGGCAGUUAUGAACUGAUGCGUCGUGAACAUGGUUUAAGUGGUGAUGGUAAAACUUCUUUGCACAAUGGUUUCUCUUACGGAUUUAAGAAUCGUUUCUAUGCAUCACGUCACAUUGUUGAACGUAUGAAAAUAUCGCAUGUCUUGCGCAAACAUAAUGGUUGUGUCAACUGUGUAAAUUUUAAUAAAAACGGCGAUUUGCUGGUAACAGGUUCGGAUGAUGCACGCCUUAUUGUUUGGGAUUGGGCGGCUAAUAAAACGAAACAUGUUUGGAAAUCAGGUCAUAGUGCCAACAUCUUUCAAUCGAAAUUUUUACCUUCUUCGUCGUGCAUUGAUAUCAUAUCGGCCGGUCGUGAUGGAAAAGUCAGACGUUCGAUAGUACCGCCAUCUGGUGGCAAGGUACAAGUGUCACAUCUUUAUUCACACUCCGGAGCUGUGCAUAAACUAGUCAUUUGCCCGGACAAUCCAUCAGAAAUUAUAAGUGUUGGUGAAGACGGUUGUAUUUGCAGUAAAGAUUUGAGGGAGGAUGUUCCGAAGGUUGAUAUGUUAAAAGUUUUUUCAAAUUUAAAAAGAACACGAAAAGUUCGUCUAUUUAGUAUUUCGCAUCACCCAUUUGCCCCCGAAAUUUGUGUCAGUGGUAGCGAUCAAUAUGUUUAUGUUUACGAUAAGAGAUCAAUGCGAGAACCGGUUUACACAAUGUCGCCGGAACAUAUACUAGGUACUCAUUUGCCUAAUGUGACUUGUUGUGUAUAUAAUCAUACCGGUACCGAAAUAUUGGCCACGUAUAGUGAAGAUAAUAUUUAUUUGUUCGAUAAUAAAAAUUAUGUGUCUGGAGAAUAUUUACACUCGUACAAGGGCCAUUUCAACCAGAAAACCAUAAAAGGUGUAAAUUUCUUUGGUCCAAAUUGUGAAUACGUUAUAAGUGGCAGUGACUGUGGUAAUAUAUUUUAUUGGGAUAAAAACACAGAAGCCAUACUUAAUUUUAUGCCAGGUGAUACAGCUGGUGUGGUCAAUUGCUUGGAACCUCAUCCUAAUACACCUAUUUUGGCCACAUCAGGCCUUGAUCACAAUAUAAAAAUCUGGACUCCAAAUGGGGAAAAGCAUCCACCUGAUCUGACUAAGCUCACUAGUUGUGUAAGACGUAAUAUACGACGUACGGCUUUAAACGACGGCAUUGAUUUUGAUGAUGGUCAGAUGCAAUUUUUUAUAAGACAAAUAUUGAGUCGUCACGGUGCCAAUCGCCGCAAUCGAAAUCGUGAUGGCAAUGAUUCAGACAGUGAUGAUUUAAGCAGUGAUGAUUCUUCGGUACCGGAUAUACAUACCGAUUCAGGUGACGAUGAUGAUGACGAUGUUUCGAAUCUUCGACAUUUUGCCUGUGGUACGCAAUAAAUUUGUUGUUUCCUUUAAAACCAAUGUAAGAAGAAUUUAAUGAAAAUGAGACUGGGUGUUUGAGCGUUGUUUUUUGUCUAUUAAAAUUAUUCCCGAAGUUGCUUUAUUUUCAAAAAAAAAAAUGUGUAAAGAAUUUUCUUAUUUUCAGUUUUUGCAGCAUUUGAGUUUGAGAUUUUUCUGGUUUUUAAAAAAUUUUUCAUUUAUUUUUGUAAUGUAUUUGUAUCCUUAUAUGUAUAGCAUUGUUUUUUUUUAUUUUCUUUGUAAGAAGCUCAUUUGUCCACGAUAGUAUAUUAUCUUUUAAUCUUGUAAACUUUUGAGGAUAGCAAUGAAAUUUUUAACUUUGUUAAUUACAGAAACAAAAUAAAAGAAAAUUGAAAAUCUUG